AUGGGAUUUGAGUUGCUGCAUCUCUGCUCUGUUGCCCUCCUCCUGUGUAUUUUGAAAGCAGCGAAUAUAAAAGGAGAGUGUACACUGCCUUCUUUUGAAUCAAGGAAUGUUGCCUUAUCAAGAUAUUAUAGUCCAGGUCAUAUUUUCCCAGAUGGAUCUGCUUUAACAUUUGAGUGCUUUUCUGGGCACAAACCAGUUGAUUCAAGAGCAACUAAGUCAAUUACUUGUAUGCAAAACCAGUGGACAAAUCUGGGGCUCAGUUGCACAAGGAAAUCCUGUGAGCCAGAAUUUGUAAAUGGGAGAUAUGAAAUUACUGGACUUUUGUUUGGUGCCAAAAUUAAACCAAUUUGUAACACAGGAUACAUGUUAGUUGGCAAUGGAUUAAGUCAAAGAGUGUGCCAAGAUGGAGGAUGGGAUGGCAGAGAUCCAGUCUGUGAAUUCGUGAAAUGUGCUGCACCACCAACAAUAGAAAAUAGACGUCUUCUAGAUGAGCCUUUGAAAAGUUAUGAAUAUUCACACACCGUAACCUACAGAUGUAAUUCUGGGUUUAGUCUUUAUGGAAGUCCAAACCUUCAUUGUUCUGAUGAUGGGACCUUUAAACCUGAUCCACCCAAAUGUUUUGGGUAUAGUAAAUUAGUAAUUAGUAAAAAAAACAAAUGGCCAUCAUAUACUAUAUUAUUUAUUUAAUUAUUAAUAUUUCUUGUGUUCAUCAUUAUAGAGCAUUGUCGUCUACCUGAUUUUGGAAGAAAAGUCACUUUAACAGAGCAAUUCAGAUCCAAAAACCUUUUCCCACAUGGAUCCAAAGUAACAUUUAAGUGCAUCAGUGGACAUGAGCCAGUUGAUUCAACAGCAUCUAAUUCAGUUACUUGUGAUAAAACCAAAUAGACAAAACUGCACCUGACAUGCAAAGCGACAAAGCCUCAACCACCUCCAGUCAUAGAAAAUGGGAAAAUAGAAGCUGUCAUUUACAAAUGUAACAGUGGCUUUUUUCUGAAUGGAAGUUCAAUGCUUCUUUUUUCAGAGGAUGGGACGUUUGAACAAGAUCCACCAAUAUGUUUGAGUAAGUAUAAUGCCACUGAAAAGAAAUGA